AUGGCCUUCAAGUUUGUUUUCGCACUCGCCUUCGUGGCCGUCGCCAGCGCCGGCUAUGCGCCUCUGGCGGUGCCGCAGGUCUACCAUGCCAGUGCUCCGGUGGCCACCUAUGGUGCCCCCGUGGCCGUGGCCCAGAAGGUGCUCGUGAAGUCGCACGAGGAGUACGAUCCCCAUCCCCAGUACCGUUUCUCGUACGGUGUCGAUGACAAGAUCACCGGCGACUCCAAGAGCCAGGUGGAGGAGCGCGACGGAGACAUCGUCCGUGGCGAGUACUCCCUGAUCGAUGCCGAUGGCUACAAGCGCACCGUUCAGUACACCUCCGAUCCCCACAAUGGUUUCAAUGCUGUGGUGAACCGCGAACCCCUCGUCAAGGCCGUCGCUGUGAAGACCGUUGCUGCUGCCCCCGUCGCCCACUAUGCUGCCCCCGCUGUGGCCCACUAUGCCGCACCAGCUGUGGCCCACUAUGCCGCCCCCGCUGUGGUCAAAACUGCUCACUAUGCCGCGCCCACCGCCUCCUAUGCCAGCUAUGCCGCUCCCGCAUACGCUUACCAUCAUUAA